UGCAGCAACACCAAUCAUUUCAGACAGAAAAUGCAUUCUAUAGUUGUACUCCUUUCGCUGAUGGUAUGUACAUGUGUGACGUCACACUCCCAUGUAGGAGCACAAUCCACAGGUGAGAACUGGCCAAUGAAUAUGCUUGGUUCGAGAUCAAGGUCUAGUGUAUCUAGGAGUCUUCCCCCAGAGGCUUCCAAUAUGUUAUGGUCGCUUUCCUCCUCAAUGAAUGGAGGGAUUCCCCGAGGGGGCUCUGAGGGUUUGGUCAAUCUCCAAAGUAUGCUAGGAAAUAGACAUCAAAAGCGAAGAAGGGUUUUACAACCUGUUGUGGUCAGACCACAUAUAGUGAGACAGAACCAAGAUAGAGAUAUGCAGCAGUUGAUGCAGUUAUUGCCCCUUCUAUCAAUGACUGAAGCAGGUGAAGGUAUGAUGGAAAUGCUACCUCUGUUACUUAUGCAGAAAAACACACGAUUUUGAUUCAUCAUCGACCUUUGUUCCUCACCUCCUGAAGUCAUCCCGAUGAAUGCUAUGUUUAGCUUUUAUUUGAUUAAAAGAAAGAUGUGUUAAAUUGAAUAAAUAUAAUUUUAUUU